AUGAAUCCUUUUUUUUAUGAAGAUGAUGAUGAUAACUUUAAUUAGAAAUUUCUUAACAUUUUAAGUUUUGAUUCCAAAGAUAACAACUAAUAGUAAAAAAGAAGUCAUACUACAAUUGUUAAUUCAAAUAUGGAUAAAUUGUAAUAAUAUUCAUUCUUAUUUUUAAAGUAAAGAUAAUCAGGAGCACUAAUUGUUUAAAUAAAAUAUGAAAUAGAGUUAGUAGAUAUUUUAGAGAAAGUUAGAAAAACAGAAAGAUUUAAGAAAAGAAUAACUUUAAGACCAAAAUAUUUAGAAUUAAUAAAAUUAGUAAAAGUUGAUUGGUUUUCCUCCUAUUUCAUCCAGUAAAAGAGAAAAACCACUCUUGAUUCCCCCACCCUUUUUAACUAAAAUUUAUUAACAAAGUGAAAAACCUAAAUAGAUCUCUUAACAUAUAAUAAAAAUUCAAGAAAUUUAGGAAAAUUUUACUCAGACAGAUACCAUAAAAUCAAAAACUUGUAGUGCAUGCUUAUAACCAAAAUAAGUAGAUCAUAAAUGUGAUGAUGAAUAUGGAUUGAUUGCAUGUCCAUAUUGUAGUGAUCACAUCGUUAGAAAUUUUUUAAAUGACCAUCUUGUUGAUUGUAUUCCAUACAUAGAACAACAAUUCAAAGCCUUAGAAUAGGUAGAUGAAUGUAUUAUAUGCACACAAAAUUUAACACAAGAUUUGCAGACUUUAAAUUGUGCUCAUAUUUUUCAUAAAUCUUGUAUUGAUGCUUGGAAGUUAAAGAAGAACGAAUGUCCUGUUUGUAGAAAACCAAUUUGA